AUGGCCCCCCGCUACCUCGCCGCCGCGGUCUCCUUCCCCGAGAUCCCCGUGCAGAAGCCCCGCCUCUCCCCGCGGAAGCACCUCGAGCGCAGGCUCAUCCGCGCGUGGAAGCAGUUCAGCCGGGCGACGCGCAAGACGCAGCGCGCGUCGAUCCUCCCCGAGUACUUCGUCCUCCUCACCGCGCGCCGCCGCAGCGUCCGCUUCAACCGAGCCUCGGGGCCCCACGCACACCGCACCCCACGUCUGCGCAUACCGCGCGCACACCGUAUGCCGACACGAUCUACCCGACCAGGUGCCGCUCUGGUGCCUCGCUACAAUCCUUUGGACCAUGCUUCUCUUCAUCCUCGAUAUCCCUACACUGCACAUACCACCCCCACUAUAAUCGUCGCGCUGCUCGACGCAGUCUCCGACUCGGACUCGGACUAA